AUGAAGAGAGACGGGAACAUUGCAUCUCUUUUUCAGAAGCAUGAAGCAAAGAGGAAGGCAGCAGCAGCUGCUGCUACUUCUAAUUGUUCUUCUGAUCCGGUUGUACCUGUGGUGGAAGAGCAAACUCGUGAGAGAGUAGUUGAGGAAAUUGAAACUCAUAUCCUAGCGCCACCACCACCGCCCCCACCGCAGCCGUCUUCUGUGCCACCAGUUUAUGACAUCAAUCGCCUUCCACAAGAUCCAGGGUUGGCGUUUCGUGGACAUGAUGAAAGUAAAGAAUCUAGCAACAGAGGGAACUUCAUUGAACUUUUGAAAUUUCUUGCCGGAAAUAGUGAAGAAGUGAAUAAGUAUGUUUUGGAGAAUGCUCCAGCUGAUGAGUAUAGUGAUAUAUCACAUAAAGAACAACUAGCUCUUUGCUUGCGUUAUGUUGAUAAAUUGGGAAGGCCAUGUGAGCAUUUUAUUGGAGUUGUUCAUGUAGAUGAUACUACCUCUUUAUCACUGAAGAAUGCAAUUGAAGCUUUACUUUUAAGUCAUGGCUUGAGUUUGACUCAAAUCCGUGGUCAAGGAUAUGAUGGGGCUAGCAACAUGAAAGGAGAUAUUAAAGGGUUGAAAACAUUGAUCAUGCAAGAAUCACCUUCUACUUAUUAUAUUCAUUGUUUUGCUCAUCAACUCCAAUUGGUUCUUGUUGCUGUUGCUAAAGGAAAUACUGAUUGUAGCUUCUUUUUUGAUCAAGUAUCUAUCUUGUUGAAUAUUGUUGGAGUUUCUUGUAAGCGCCAUGACAUGCUUAGAAAUGCAAGGCUUGAGAAUGUCAAGAAAGCACUUGACUGUGGUGAAAUUGAAUCUGGAACUGGAUUACAUCAAGAGAUGGGUUUGCCUAGACCUGGAGAUACUCGAUGGGGAUCUCAUUACAAAACCAUAUGCAGCAUCAUUACUAUGUAUGAAUCAAUCCACGAUGUACUGGUUGAUCUUGGGGAUGAUUCGACAUAUAAGGAUGAUUGGACCAAAAUACAUUUUGUGACGGGAGCAUUUGAGACCUUUGAGUUUGUUUUCUUUGCACACUUAAUGUAUAUUAUUCUUGGAUACACAAAUGAGUUAUCUGAGUGUUUGCAAAGAAGGGAGCAAGACAUUCUUAAUGCAGUAUCACUUGUUAAUGUGGCAAAGAAAAGAAUGCAAGAAUUGAGGUCAAAUGGCUGGGAUAAUUUUCUUGAGAGGGUCACCUCGUUUUGUGAUAAACAUGAUGUUGAUGUUCCUGCUAUGGAUGGUGAUUAUGUUCCUUAUGGAAAAUCAGCAAGGAAAUCUCGUGCUCGAAAGCAAACCAAUGAUGACCACUUUAGAAGAGAAGUAUAUAUUGGCGUCAUUGAUCAAAUAAGUCAAGAACUUGAUAAUCGGUUUGAUGAGAUUAACAUGGAGUUGAUGUCUUGUAUGGCAGCCUUCAAUCCUUCUAAUUCAUUUGAGUCUUUUGAUGCACAGAAGCUACGCAGACUAGCUAAGUUCUACCCAAAGGACUUCUCAAAUAAUAAUUUGCUCAGACUUGAAUUGCAGCUAGAUAAUUAUAUUGAUGACAUCAGGAAGGAUGAUAGAUUCAAAGGUCUAGACAAUAUUGUUGACCUCUCAUUUAAGCUUGUCCAAACAAAGAGGCAUAAAGUGUAUGAUAUGGUCUAUGAGCUUCUUAAAUUGAUUCGCCACUGCUGCGCCGGCCCCGGACGGUCUCCCAGGCUGGUGGCCGUGGCCGCGCCGCCCCCAGGUAAGGCUCCCCCGCGCCUGUGCCGCCCUCCGCCCACGCCUCCGGAGCUGGAGCUUGGCUCCGCCGAGUGGUUCGACCCCACCGCGCGUGCCUGGAGGAGGCUGGAGCGCGUCCGGGCGCCGCCGUCGGCUGCGCACGUCGUGGUCCGGGGCCACGUGUGGUGCAUCGAGGGAACGCCAUGA